AGGACUGGGGCCCUCAGGCAGCCCCGCUGGACCAGGGAGCUACGAAGUACCCGCGUUUGUGCUCCGGACAAGCCUGGGCAGGCCGUUACUCACGUCCCCCUCUGAGUCCAAGCGUUCUCUGCCUGGAAGAGAGCAAUGAUCCAAUCUGUUCAUGAGGACGCCGUGCCCACCACUGCCUCUUUCACAACAAAAUGUUCAACAUCACCUCGCAAGUCCUUGAACCUGCUCUCAACGGGACCCCUCCCCAGAGCAGCGGCUGCGCCCACGCCGACUGGUGGAGCUGGCUGAACACCAUCCAGUCCCCCUUCCUCUGGGUCCUCUUCAUACUGGCAGCUCUCGAGAACGCCUUCGUCCUCAGCGUCUUCUGCUUGCACAAGAGCAGCUGCACGGUGGCGGAGGUCUACCUAGGCAACCUGGCCGCGGCCGACCUGCUCUUGGCCUGCGGGCUGCCCUUCUGGGCCAUCACCAUCGCCAACAACUUCGACUGGCUCUUUGGGGAAGUCCUGUGCCGCGUGGUGAACACCGUGCUCUACAUGAAUCUCUACAGCAGCAUCUGCUUCCUCAUGCUGGUGAGCAUUGACCGCUACCUGGCCCUGGUGAAGACCAUGUCCACGGGCCGGAUGCGCAGGGUGCGCUGGGCCAGACUCUACAGCCUGGUGAUCUGGGGCUGCACGCUCUUCCUGAGCUUGCCCAUGCUGGCCUUCCGGACCACGCGGGAGUACGGGGCCGAGGGCCACAACGUCACCGCCUGCGUCAUCGUCUACCCGUCCCGCAGCUGGGAGGUCUUCACCAACAGCCUCCUGAACUCCGUGGGCUUCCUGCUUCCCCUGAGCACCAUCGCCUUCUGCACCGUGCAGAUCACGCGCGUGCUGCGCAACAACGAGAUGCAGAAGUUCAAGGAGGUCCAGACGGAGAGGAAGGCCACCGUGCUGGUCCUGGCCGUGCUGCUACUGUUCGUUGUCUGCUGGCUGCCCUUCCAGAUCAGCACCUUCCUGGACACGCUGCAGCGCCUCGACGUCCUCUCCAGCUGCUGGGUCGACGUCUUCACGCAGAUCGCGUCCUACGUGGCCUAUAGCAACAGCUGCCUCAACCCGCUGGUGUACGUGAUCGUGGGCAAGAGCUUCCGCAAGAAGUCGCGGGAGGUGUACGGGCGGCUGUGCCGGCAAGGGGGCCGCGGGUCGGAGCCCAGCCAGACGGAGAGCUCCAUGGGCACGCUGCGGACCUCCAUCUCAGUGGAACACCAGAUUCACAAACUGUCGUAGCGGGUGGGGAGCAGCCAGUGAGCAGAUGUCACCAGGGCUACUAACGUGGGUGACGGUUGUUGGACAGUGGUUCUCAGGAUGUGCCCCAGGAGGAAUGGAAGGAAUCCCCAGUGUGACCUUGGGCAGCGAGUCGGUGUCUCCAGCAAAUUCCUUCCCGGCUCAAGUUGCAGAUAACAAGGCUGUGAGGUUGGAGUGAUCUGGUACACAGCCAAGGGCUCCAGAAACACGAGAGUAUUAUUGUUCUUAUUUGCUGCCACCCCUAGACCAGAAUGCGGCUUCCCAGGAGUGGAGGGAGCCUGGGGGCGGGGACAGGAGUGACCGAGCUUCCCUCCCAUGUGGUGUCCCACCUUGCCCCAGCGUGACAGCUCAGAUCUCCAGAAAUGCCACCCAGCUUUGGUACAGCUGCUGAGUGCCACGCAGGGCUCAGCUGAAGUUUUGCCCUGGGUUUCUUUAAUCCACUCAGCUGGGACUUUGGAGGAUGAUUUCUCAGGUUAGUGAAGGUUAAACUCUGAGAGAUCCAUGGUGUGAACCCGGAGACCAGUAUUCUUUCAUUUCCCUCAUGGAAAGACAAGUGGUCUGUGCCAAAGAAGAACCCAAUAAGCACUAAUCCAGCACUUGCUGUAUAUGCAGCCUAGAGCACUGUGGGUAGGAGAAGAAAAAGAAAGAACCGUCUCGGUCUUGAAGGAGCUUGCAGACUCAUGUGGGGAUAAGUCAGCACCUGCAGCCACCAGAAGGCUGUUCUAGACACGGUCAAGCAAGGCGCUGUGGGUGGGGCAGAACAGAGGGGUGAGGAGAGGCCGCCCCAGCUCAGCCUAUAACUAAUUGCGCGUGGCUGUGUCCCUGCCUUGGUUUCCUCCUCUGUAACACGAGGCUGAUGGGGGAUUAAAGGAGCUAACAGGCGUAAAAGUACUUUGACAAAUGAAGGUGCUAGGUAAAUGUGAGGCAUUAUUACACCCACAGAACAGGAAUACAUUUAUUAUAAGGAGAAAGACACAGGUUCGGCAAAAGGUCCGUAGAGGAGAGUCGGUAGCUCAUGGUGGUGUAAAGCACCCAUCAGUGUCUGACACAUACUAGGUGCUCAAUAUGUUAGCCCCCUUCCACCACUUGUCCUUCCCAUCAACGUGCGCACACACACACACACACACACACACAGACACACACACACACGUGAGCGCGCGCACACACAAGCAUUUUCAGGGAAGGUCACCCUUUAAGUGGAGGUGGGAGAACGCCCUCCCCAACCAACCGUAGAUCAUUUGCCCAAAGAAGCAGCUGCAGAGGGGUCCGCGGCUCUGCCUCCUGUGGGCGGGGCAGGGGCGGGUCGUUGUGCCGAAGGGCGGGGUGGGCAGUGACGGACGGGGCGGAAAGCCGAUACAGGUGUCAGGCAGGAGGAAGCUGGACCAGCAUCCUUGGCCAGGGGCUUAAGAGACAGCCCCAGCCCCAAGCCCGAGGUCCUCCAGGGGGAAUUCGUUUCUUCUUUUUCUACCCGUUUGAUAAUCUGCCUUCUGUGGCCGGCGCACGUGGAGAUAACGGAGAACGCACCACCCAGGCGCCAACACCAAGCCCUCAGAGUCAAGGCAGGGAGGGACGCCCAGUAGCAAUGGAGUUCGGGACGUGUGAUGUCGGCAGCGCCCUGGAAGCACUCACUCGAUCAGUAAAUGGGUGAUUUGUUAGCGGGCUCUCUCUGGAGAGGAUAGAACCUGGGGGACCAGCAGGAUUGGCAUCUGGGGGGCCAGAUGCCAAAGACCCCAUAAAUACUGCCCAAUCCAGCUCUGGAUUUUAAAAGAAAAAGAGUCACAGAAGAUUUCUUCCCCAGCCCAGCCUUUGUUUUCUGCUACGCACACCCCUCUGCCCAAAUAAACAUACUCACUUCUAGCUGGAGAAAGAAAACAGAGGAAAUAAGAAAUAGGAACCAUUUCGCAUUAGAACACGAAGUAGGAACCAUUUAGUAUCAGAAGGAAGUUAAACAUGUGCAUAUUGUGAGUGGGGUAACACAAAAGGAGGCUAGGGGCUUCCCUGGUGGCGCAGUGGUUAAGAAUCCACCUGCCAAUGCAGGGGACAUGGGUUUGAGCCUCGGUCCGGGAAGAUCCCACAUGCCGUGAAGCUACUGAGCCCGUGUGCCACAACUACCGAGCCUGCGCUCUAGAGCCCGCGAGCCACAACUACUGAGCUCACAUGCCACACCUACUGAAGCCCGCACCCCUAGAGCCCGUGCUCCGCAACACAAGAAGCCACCACAGUGAGAAGGCCGGGCACCUCAACGAAGAGUAGCCCCCGCUCGCCGCCACUAGAGAAAGCUCAUGCACAGCAAGACCCAAAGCAGCCAAAAAUAAAUAAUAAAUAAAUUUAUUUAAAAAAAAAAAAAAGGAGGCUGGGCUUUGGAAUGUGUACCACUCAUUCAUCAGUGGGUGUGUAUGGUCUGAAGGUCUCCUGUGAGCAGAGCCGCAUCACAGCCCUGGGCUCCUAAUGGUCCUUUAGGGUCCACCCGUGUGCUAAGGAGCGAUCGGCCUGUGGGAAGGGAGCUGCCCCGUGGGUUGUGUUGGUACCAUGAUAAAGCACAUCUGUCCUGUGAAAGGUCCAAAGAGAUACUACAUUGUAAAGAGGGAGCAUUUCACAAACAAGAAGAGAUGGGUGAACGGCAUAAACAUGUGUUUUUGUCCAGCAUAAUAAAGG